AUGCAACCCUCGUUCGAUUCCGUAGCCAUACCACUCUGGGACCAGCAUCGCAUCCUCGUCAGAGUCCAAUACACUCUUGAAAAGGCCUGCUUCGACUUUGCGCAGGAGAGACUGGUUGGGCUUUUACAUCGUGAAGGUUGGGACUGCGCAGAAGCAGUCGAACUCAAUCAAUGGGCCAGAACAUUGCUCAUCUACCGAGAAGAACUCAAAUUGGACGACAUGAAAGACGAUGUAAAGCCUUUGCCCGGUCUCAUGGAAUCGAUUAUCCAGCUCCGACAUAACGCCGUUCACCGAGUUCGCCUGGCUUCCAGUGAACUCUUACAACACCUUACCGAUGCUGUACUUCUUGCGCAGCUCUUACAUGACGACAAAUGCGGCAAAUUUCUCUCGGAUAUACGGCAGAUGACCCAUGAUGCUAUCGAGGAACUGGUGCGCAACAAGCAGUUACUGGACGGAAGAUUGGCGGACAUCAAGACAGAGUUUGCUGCAAAGAGAGCUGAGCUUGAGCGCCAAGAAGCUGCGUUACUGGAGGCUGCGGUAAAAGAGCACAAAACACCUAUGGUCUCUGUCAGCGGAAGUUUGCACCGGCUGUCAGACGACCAUGGUGGUACUACUGAGGAAGUACGUGCGCCAUGGCUACGUGUGUACGAUGCCGAUCUACCCGAUGAUGGGUCUUCUGGACCUGAGGAUACUACCAGCCAAAGCCCGGAGAGCGAGGCCACCAAAGUGAUCGAUGACGAUGCAGAUGUUAUCAGCCCACCGCCCAUGCAUCCUGGACCUACACCGCCAGUCGACGAUGUCUCGCUCGAAUCAGUCGUCCAACGCAAGCAUCAAGAAGUCGAGAAUGAUGAGGACAAGUGUCUAUCAAUAGUGGAGACGAUUUCUAUAGAGGAGCCAAAGCUCGACGAUCACGAGCGCGACCAGAAGCACUCCCUAGACCCUCCACCACUCGACGAAGAUGAUACGGUGACAGACACCGAGGAAGCGUCGGAAGGACAUGCAAAGAGUCUGGAGAAAGCCGAUGUAUCUGAUUGGGAAGAUUCCAAGUUCCAGGAGAAUGAUGAGGAGAUCUUCUAUGAGCCAAGUACCAGCCUUGUGUCUACUUGCGUCGAUGAAGCUGUAAGCGACGCGUUAGAAGCACAUCAAGAAUCACCCAUCGACGACCAAAUACAAGUCAUCGCCUGGGAUCCGGAUGGCAGCGAAAGAAAGAGACAGCGCGUAGCGUAUCACAUGAGAAAUUUGAUACUCUCACCACCGAACAACCAGGACGCCAGGGAUUGCUAG